AUGCCCCGUUUAGACUUCUCAUGCGGGGCCUCCGAUAGCCCUCGCCAACCACCGAGCGGCGGCGCCACGCGCAACAACGGUAGUCAGCGCCCUCUAUCGCGCACGUCUCUCUUCGGCAAUUCCAGCAGCGGGGUCGGGAGGAACUUGAUGGAUCGGCUGCAGCAGCAGGACGGCGCGGAUCAGAUUCAGCAGCAGCGACGACUCGCCUCGCAUGGCGGCCUUUCCGCAGGAAAGGCGCUCGGCUCUUCCGCGGCUGCGGAGAUGCAAUCGCCUUCCAGCAUGCCGCUCGGAGCCAAGAUCGCUACAUCCGAGGUCCCCGAAUCGUCGCCGAUAAGUGUGCUCUUCUGCCCUCAGACGCCGUCGUCAGCAGCGUCUCCCGAGUUCCGCUUCGGCGCCAACCCCUCCCCCGAGCUCUUCUCGCCCAUGCGCAUGCCGCCCUUCCACCAGCUGCUCCCCUCGCCUCUCUCGCAAUCCUUUUCCCUCGCCGACACGCCAACCCAGCCGCCCGCCUCAACACCAACUUCCUCCGAGCCCACGCCGGCGACGUUACCUCCGUCGCAAAUGCAGUCGCCGUUGCCGUCGCCAUCGUCGUCGGCGUCGGCCAUGGACAUAAGUUCUGUGCCGUCGUUACAAAUGCCGUCGGCGUCGGCGCAAGCGCAUGUGGCGGGGGAGGAGAGCCUUCCGCAGUUGGCGGAAGCCGGAGCCGGGGUUGGCAGGGGCGCGGAUCAAAUCGUCGCGGAUCGUGCCGUUCUUGACGGCGCGGCCGACGCGGGCGGUAGCGAUAAGUGUUUCUUGCGGCCCGCGCUGCCGCCUCUGAACAUCGACGCGUGCAGCAGAGGGGGCAAAGUGCGCCGCGGCCAUCUGCCGCCCAUCCCGCUGCCGCGCAACCCGAGCUAUUCCAAGGAGCACCGCCUAGGUCGCAGCGGCAGCGGGCGCAGCAGCGGCGCCUUCGAGGACCUUCUGCUCGCCGCCUCCGCCGCCUCGCCCUCCGCGCACCCGUCCCCGCCCGCCUUCGGCGCGCACCCAGCGCCGUCUGGGAGCUCCGGGGGCUGGCACUGGCAGAGCCUCAGCCAAGAGAUGCGGUCGGCGCAGCACGCGUGGUCGCUGGAGGGCAGCGGGGUGGCGGAGGAGGGCGGGUGGGGCGCGCAGCAGGCGGAGUGGAUGGUGGGCGGGGACGACGAGGGGCUGGGGUCCGCGGAGUCGCUGCAGCUGAUGCGCCAAUGGGAGGCGGAAGUCGAGGGGCUUCCGCUCACGGUGGGCGGAACAGUGAUGAUGGGCAUGGGGGGGGCCAUGGGGGGGGCUAUGGGCGGGGGAAUGGAGGGCGAGGAGGAGGAGGAGCCAGGGUCGCCCAGCACGCCCAGCAUGGCUCCGCGCUCCACGGACCUCGAGUGCCCGGACGCCCCCAACUCCAGGGUGCGAGGCGAGAUGUGUCGCACGAGCAGUCUGCACGACACGAAGCUGCUGAUGACGACGCAGCUGAAGCGGUCGCACUCCAUAUUCCUCUUCGACCGCCACUUCGAAUUCGUGCGCGAGAUAGGCCGCGGCUCCUACAGCAUGGUGUACGAGGCGCGCGACCGCAAGGGCGGCGCGCGGUGCGCGGUGAAGGUGAGCAAGCGGCAGUUCCGCAGCAAGGGCGAGCGCGAGCGGUACAUGCACGAGAUCGAGAGCGUGGCGAACGUGCCCGAGCACGCGCACAUCGUGCGGUACUACCGCGGGUGGCAGCAGGACAGCCACUUCUACCUGCAGAUGGAGCUCUGUGAGGGCGGCAGCCUGCGCGCCCUCCUCGACUCGCUCCCGCACCCGCUGCCCGAGGACCAGGUGUGGAGGUUCGUGCGGCAGGUGGCAUCAGGGUUGGAUCACAUUCACAGCAGGGGCGUGCUGCACCUGGACAUCAAGCCAGACAACAUCUUCAUCGACGCCCAUGGUAAUCUCAAGAUCGGGGACUUUGGGCGGGCGGUGUGGGAGCAGCGGUGGGACUGGGAGGAGGGCGACGGGGGGUACCUAGCCCCGGAGCUGCUACAGGACGAGCCGCCCACCACAGCAACCGACAUGUACAGCUUCGGCGCCAUGCUCUUUGAGCUCGUCUUCGCCACCCGCCUCCCGCGCUCCGGCCUACCACCCUCCGCCUGCCCCUCCCCCUGUGGCGCGCCCUCCCCUUUCAGUGCGCACGGCGCCCCCUCCCCGUAUGGAAUGCCGUCCCCCUACAGCCCCUCUCCGUACUGCGUGGCCUUCUCCUCUGCUGCGCCCUCGCCUGUGGCCUCCGCGCCUGGUCGCGCCAACCCCAGCUUCCCCCCGCCUCGCUCCACAUCCAGGGGGGCAGGCAGCCCUGCCAAGGGGGGAGGGAGUCCGCUGAAGGGGUUGGGGGCGCGGGGGGGCAUGGGGGGCAGUCCUGUGAAGCCCAUGGGGGGGAGUGGUAGCAGCCCAGUGAAGGGGGGAGGGGAUGGGGUUGGUAGUCCAGCAGAGAGAGGCACAGGAGGCAGCCCGUGCAAGAGCAUGGGUCGUAGAGGGAGUGUGGGAUUGGCAGGCGCUGUGGCAGGUGCGGCAGGGGGAGGGUCGGGGAAGGAUUGGAGUGCAGCAGCAGCGGCUGCGGCAGCAGCUGUGGCAGCGGCGGAUGCAGCGGUGGGUGCUGGAUGUGGGCGGUCGGAGCACCUGAGGGAGCUGGUGUUUGCACUGCUGCAUGGGGACGCUCAAGAGAGGCUGCAGGCACAUGAGGUGGUUACAAUAGCAGACGCAGUGCUGCGAGGGGAGGUGGACCUGGGGCAGGGGUGCAUGCACAAGGCUCGAGAAGGGGCAGAGCAGUGUGGGGAGGAGCAGCAGCAUGUGGAGCAGAUGCAGGGGGGGAGUGAACCUGAAGGGCAGUGCGAGGAGGCUAAUUGUGAGGAUAGUGGGGCUGCUAUGGCGUUGGAUUGA